AUGGGGGGAGGUUUGGCUCACUAUUUGCUCGAUGGUUGCCACUGUCGAGUUUCGUAGUUUCGACAGUUCAGCAUCCUAAUCAGUCUUUACAGUGAUUAUAGAGAGAUAGGUUUAUUCAUACCUUUGCAAAAUUUUACGACGAACGUGAAGGUGUUCAUGUAAAAAGUUCUAAAGGGAAUAUAAAUCAAAAGAACCAAAAAAAGACAAUGUUGAGUCUUUGCCGUCAAGCGUUAAUAAUUAACAGUCAAAAAGUUGGUACAAGAUGUUUAGGAACAAUAAUACCAUUACCAAAUCCUGCUGAAUUUCCUUUGGAAAAUGAACCUGUCCUUAAUUAUAAAAAAGGUAGCCCUGAGAGGGCAGAAUUGGAAAGAGCUUUGGAUAAAAUGGCCAGUGAUUGUGAGGAAGUACCCCUGGUUAUUGGAAAUGAAGAAAUUAAAACAGAUUUAUGUAGAUAUCAAGUUAUGCCACAUAAUCAUAAAGCAAAGGUUGCAAAAUAUUAUUGGGCAACACCUGAUCUAGUCAAAAAGGCAAUAGAUGUUGCUGUAAAGGCUCAGCGUGAAUGGGAAAAAUGUCCAUUUGAACAGCGUUUAGAAAUCUGGUUGAGGGCAGCUGAUUUGAUGGCAACAAAAUACAGACAGCAAUUAAAUGCUGCUACAAUGCUCGGACAGAGCAAAUCUGUUAUUCAAGCAGAAAUUGAUAGUGCAGCAGAAUUAAUUGAUUUUUUUAGAAUGCAUGCAUAUUUUGCCAAAGAGGCUUUAAAAUAUCAACCAAUUUCAACCAAUCCUAAAGUAACAUUAAAUUCAAUGAGAUAUAGAGGAAUGGAUGGUUUUGUUGCAGCAGUAUCACCAUUCAACUUUACUGCCAUUGGUGGUAAUCUUAGCUAUACACCUGCUUUAAUGGGUAAUGCAGUACUCUGGAAGCCAUCUGAUACAGCUGUACUUUCUAACUGGUGGAUUUUUAAGAUAUGUAAAGAAGCUGGUGUACCACCAGGUGUAGUCAAUUUUGUUCCAUGUGAAGGACCCGUUUUUGGUGACACUAUAACUGCUUCACCUUAUCUAUCCGGGAUUAAUUUUACCGGAUCAGUUCCCACGUUUAAUCGUUUGUGGGUGCAAAUUGGUAAAAAUCUGGGAAAAUAUAGGAACUACCCCAAAUUAGUAGGCGAAUGUGGUGGAAAAAAUUAUCAUUUCGUACACGCGAGUGCUGAUGUAGAGUCAGUUAUUAAUGGGACCAUACGAAGCGCUUUCGAAUUUAAUGGUCAAAAAUGUUCAGCUUGCAGUAGAAUGUAUGUUCCAGAAUCAUUGUGGCCAAAGAUAAAGGAAGGCCUUUUAUCGCUUCGUGACGCACUUAAGAUUGGCGACGUCAGAGAUUUUACCGUGUUCACCGGAGCCGUUAUAGAUGCUACUGCAUUUAAAAGAAUUUCUGGUUACAUCAAACAUGCCAAAAAAUCGCCUAAUUUAGAAAUUAUCGGCGGUGGGAAAUACGAUGAUUCGGUUGGAUACUUCAUUGACCCGACAAUAGUAGAAACAAAAGACCCUACAGAUAAGAUAAUAACAGAGGAAAUAUUUGGGCCUGUAUUAACAAUAUACGUUUAUAAAGAUUCAAACCUCGAUGAAACGAUGAAAUUGGUAGAAUCCUCGACACCUUAUGCUUUAACUGGAUCGAUAUUCUCGCAAGACGAAAAAUGGGCGAGAAGAGCUCUCGAAGAAUUUAAAUAUACAGCUGGCAAUUUCUAUGUUAAUGAUAAAUCGACAGGCUCGGUCGUUGGUCAGCAACCAUUCGGUGGUAGUAGAAUGUCUGGAACAAAUGAUAAGGCUGGCGGACCUCAUUACGUUCUUCGUUGGGCAUCGCCACAGUCAAUCAAAGAAACAUUUGUUCCUUUGCGUGAAUACGAUUAUCCAUAUAUGAGGUCUUAGAUAAUUCGCAUGCAACUAACUAACGUCCGCCUUCGUCUUCGUUCCGUCGAACAACGUUGCAUAGUAGACGAACGAUUAUACAGGCCAAGUGAAGAGCAGCAAAAACUUGGCAAAAGAAGCGAACGCGGAACGCUAGAGCAAGAAGAUAAUUCCCGCUGAUCGUAGGAAGGAUACCCGGUCUUUCCGGAUCCAUGGAAAAAAAAGGAUCGAAGAGAUUUCCAACCGGGGAACCGUGGCCAAGGAACCGAGCCUAAUGGGGAAUGGAGGCUUAAUUACAGGCUCUGGCGGAUAUUAAGGGUAUGCACGGCAGCUCAGUAUAAACGUUGAAGCUGUCGUGUGCGUCUAUCGGCUGAAAUUGACUACGAUAGGAGCAAACGCGGUGCAACCACAGGAAAGGAGACAGAUAGACGGAAAGGGAGAAAAUCGAGGAAAAUAAGGUGAAACGAGGGGUUUGGGAGUUUGAAGAGGAUAACGCAGAUAGAUUGACAGAUAAGUACCACCGGGUAAAAAGCUGAGUGGUGUCUAACGAGUGACGAGCAAAGUGAGAGAUAAAGAGGCGCGUGAUAACAGAGAUGGAAAGAAAGAAGACAAAAUGGUGUCUGGUUAUUUGCAUUGCUUGAAAAUCGACGAUGUGCACGAUGUAGAAACAUUAAAUGGUCAUAAUUCAAGCACGUUGACAGCUCUAGAAUAUACCAAUUAAGGUAGCUGCACGGUGGCGGAUAUUAAGAUCGAGCCUGGAUACACGCGACACCGAUGUUAUCGUCUUUCGCCGCCUCCGCGCAUCAAUGGCUUCGCCGUGUGUGGUUUUACACACGUGCCACUUGUCACGUGGCAUACAGGAUCGUACGUAUGUGUGUAGGUAGACGUACCACAGGGACGUACACGAGCAGACGUGGCAAACAUUAUUGCGAUAUUGGACACAUAGUGGCAGCGGGCUACCAACGCGGUAAGCAAACCUCUUUAGCACAAAGCAAAUGGGAACUCUGAUUUAACACGACUCAGUAGUUGGGCCGAAACUCUCUGAAUAUACUGAUUGUGGUAUCAUCGUGUGGUAGCAAUCUACGAUUCGUUUGGUGGACAUAGUGAUUAAAAUGUUUUGGAUAUAGUUUCUCCUUUAGGUGGUUUUUUUUAAGGGUGAAUGUGUGUGUGUGUGUAGUAGUAGUAUAAAUAUACAGUGAAUCACGAAAGUAUUCGAAGA